AUGAAAAGGCCAUCCUUUUCAUCAAUUUCUCAACCCAAUAGAUUCCCAGAAACAUCUGGUUCCCAUACUUUUCAAAGGCAGCUGCAUCAACUCUUUCGUCUACACGAUUCAGGCCUCGAUCAAGCUCUGAUUGAUGCUCUACCAGUCUUCUACUAUAAGGAUAUUGUGGGAUUGAAGGAGCCAUUUGAUUGUGCUGUUUGUUUAUGCGAAUUAUUGGAUCUUGACAAGCUCAAGUUCAUUCCGAACUGUGGCCAUGCUUUUCAUAUGCAUUGUAUAGAAACUUGGCUUUUGUCAAAUUCAACUUGUCCUUUGUGUAGAGGUCUCAUUAACCCAGAACUUCACCCGGGACAUCCUGUGUUUAAUUUUAACGAGUCGAUGGAACAAUUGAAUCGUGAGUAUACUGAUGGCGAUAAUGAGACUUUUUCAAGACAAAACCGGGGAAUGUUGCAAGAAAAUGAAGGUGAAUUGAGGGUGUUUUCUGUUAGGCUUGGCAAGUUCAGAAGCCCGAAUGAAGGUCACGAAACUGGAGAUGGAAUUCAAAGCGAGAUCAGUAGCAGCAAUCUGGAUGCGAGGAGAUGUUAUUCUUUGGGUGCAUUUCAGUACAUAGUCGGUGAUUCCGAUCUGCGAAUAGCUCUGUCCAAUGAAAACGGAAACAAAGUGAGAAAUCAUAUUUUCGACUCUGGCGGUAAUACUACUAAUCGCAUGGAAGCAAGAUGUGACAAUGAGAAAUGUGUAAUUAAUGCUGCUAGAGAUGAACAGAAGAUUAGUGUUAGGACAAGAGGUGAUAGUUUCUCCUUUUCCAAGAUUUGGUUAUGGCCCAAAAAAGACACAUUCAUAGGUUUUUCAGAAUCAAAUGUUGGUGUAAGUUCUUCUAGUAUUGGCAUGCCUGUUACUAACAGAAAUAAUGCAGUGUGA